AAUGCCGCAACACCCUCGGAAUAUGAUUCUAUCCACUAAUUGAGGCUCGCCAAAAGGUGAAUCUUUAUUCCUUUACUUUGCCUCUCCUCUCUCGCAGUCUACUCUUGUCUCUUGGCACUUUCUGCUCUUCUUUCCGUCGCCCCAGUGAGCUAAAGUCAUGGCUGAUAUCUCAAAACUCAAGACCAGCAUGGAGGGGAUCGUCUUGCCCGACGCAGCCCCCAAAUGCAAGUGGUCGCUUGACAAGAAGGACGCUUCGUGCCCUGUUCCACACACAUUCAAUCCUCCAAGGAAGGCAGUCUCUCAUUGCUCUGUUUUGCCCAGUGUCUUGGAUGCAUAUGGACACACUCCGUUGAUCCAGUUGAACAAAAUUGCCAAAAGCGAAGGAAUUGAAUGUGAACUCCUUGCCAAGUGUGAGUUUAUGAAUCCUGGCGGCUCCAUUAAGGACAGGAUUGCUGUGAGGAUGAUAGAGGAGGCCGAGAGAAGUGGAGCAAUAAAACCGGGAGACACUCUCAUAGAACCAACCUCAGGGAACACUGGUAUUGGUCUUGCUUUGGUGGCUGCUGUCAAAGGCUAUCGUCUCAUAUUAGUAAUGUUGGACAAGAACAGCCUCGAAAAGGAUGUAGUUCUCAAAGCUCUCGGCGCAGAGAUUAUUCGUGUACCAGCUGCACCUUUUGGCACUUCUGAUCACUACAUAAGCAUUGCCCACAGGCUUCAAAGAGAAAUACCAAACUCUUUUAUAUUUGAUCAAUAUAAGAAUCCUUGGAAUGCCAUUGCUCAUUAUGAUACGACUGGAGAAGAGAUACUGGAACAGACAGGAGGUAAUGUUGAUAUGGUUGUAAUUGGUGCUGGCACCUGUGGUACACUGACUGGAGUUGCCAGGAAGAUAAAAGAAAGACAACCGAAUUGCAAAGUAGUUGCUGUUGAUCCGUAUGGUUCAAUACUAGCCAGCCCGCCUGAAUUAAAUGAUGGACCAAUCAAGAGUUACCUGGUUGAAGGUAUUGGGAAGAAGUUCUUCCCAGCUGGUAUGGACAGGACAAUUACUGACAAGUGGUACAAGAUGCACGAUAAAGAUGGAUUCCUUUAUGCCAGGAAACUCAUAAACGAUGAAGGAUUGCUCUGUGGUGGCUCCAGUGGUAGUGCUUUGGCUGGUGCUAUAAAAGCUAUCAAAGACUUUAAUUUUGGAAAGGGCCAACGUUGUGUUGUUAUACUUCCUGACUCCAUUAGAAACUAUAUGUCACGUUUUGUUAAUGAUGAUUGGAUGAUUGAUAAAGGAUUUCUUGAACUUCCAGCUAAACUAACAACACAAUGGUGGUGGAAUAAACCAGUGAGUGAGUUGGAAUUCUCCACUCCCGCUAGCCUCAAGGCUGAUAUCACGUGUUCUGAGGCCAUUAAACUCUUCAAGGACGAAGGCGUUGAUUUUAUUCCCGUCUUAGGAAAGUUUGGUGAUCCAGUGGGUGUGGCUUCAGUUUCGGACAUGACAAAGAAAAUGAGCACUGCUCAAGUUGAGGGAACCGAUCCUGUAUCAAAAGUCAUGCUGAAGAAAUUUGAGAUGUUUGAAAUGACAGGAACAUUGGGUCAGGUUUCACGUGCAUUGAACAGAGAUAAUUAUGCUCUAGUUUCUAAAGCUCCUAGCGCUAGCAGUUCCCUGAAGCACAGUCAAGUGAUAGGGGUCAUCACUGGUACUGACUUUCUGAACUACAUCUCGGCCCCACCUUCAAUUCAAAAUGGCCUUCACGAGUAAAGAAUUGCCACUUAAAAGACCAGCAAUUAAAAAAAAUUAAUAAUGACUAUCUUAAUAACUGUAUAAUUUUAUUUUUAUUUUGAUGUGCAACUUUAGUUUUGUUUUAUUACUGUAUUAAUACAUGGACACUUUGUAUUGUCACCUUUUAUUGUUAGCUGCUUAGUACCUUAUAGCUGUCUGUAGAACAGUCAAAAUUUUUUCAUAAUUAAUCUCAAAUUUUGACAAAAAAAAA